AUGACAGCUGCCGUACAAAUCGCCCCCUACGGCACGUGGGAGAGUCCGAUCACAGAAGACCUUUUGGCCAGCGGCAGCAUCCAUCUGGAAGGCCUACACGUCGAUUCAUACACAGGAACACCGUACGUGCUGGAAUCCCGCCCGACAGAGGGCGGAAGAUACGCCAUUGUCGAAGUGGGCGUCGAUGUCGACGUCGGCGUAGACCCAGGCGACCCGACCGCGACCACCGUCACCGUCAGCCGUGACGUCCUACCCGCCGAAUACAGCGCCAUGGGCUCGGUGCACGAGUACGGCGGCGGAUCUGUGGCCAUACACCCGAGCGGCCGCAUCAUCUUCACCAACCAUCCGACCAACGGGGUGUUUUGGCUCGACCCGCGUUCCGGCCAGGUCGAGACGAUUGUGCAGCCGGACCCGAAUGUGCGGUUCGGUGCGUUCAGCACGCAUCCGACGGCGCAGCAGUGGAUUCUGGCGGUGCGAGAGACGCACGUGGGGGAUGGAGAUGGGAAAGGGAAUGGAAACGGAGACAGGGAUGAUGGUGGUGGGAAUCAGGACCAGGAUAAGGACCACGUCCAUGUCCACAAUUCCAUCAUCGCCAUCGACGCACACACAGGAGCCGUCACCACAGUCGUCCAAGGCGCUGAUUUCUAUCAGUUCCCUCUGUUCAGCCCGGACGGCACUCGCGUCUGUUGGACCCAAUGGAACCAUCCCGACAUGCCGUGGACGGGCACCGAGCUGUAUACGGCGGAGUGGGAGGUUUGUCAACUUGAGCCGCAACGGACGCCGACAGAGAUACAGACACAGAUUGACGAGACAGAGACACGGACAGAGAUGCAGUUUGACGAGACAGAGACACCGACACAGACCCAACUUCCGCGUUUGAUCAAUCCCAUCCUCAUCUCCGGCCAAGCUGGAGCAGAGAGCAUCUGUCAGCCACGAUGGGGUCCGGACGGCACGCUGUUUUUCGUCAGCGACAAGACGGGGUUCUGGCAACUGUACAGACUCCAGAAGCAGGAUCAGGGGUCUAGCGGCAGCGGUAGCAGCAGCAGCAUCAGCACCACCAACAAUGGCACCGCAAGUAAUGGCACCACCAGCACCACCACCAUGGCAAAAUGGGUGCAUUUGAAAGGACUGGAAUCAGCCGAAUUUGGCAUUCGAGAACCAUGUCUCGGCAACUGCACAUAUGUCCCAUUGACCAACAACACUCUCGUGGCCAGCGUCUCCAUCAACGCCACGUCGCAUCUGGUCCUGAUCGACCUCGAGGCCGAAACUUACCAGGACCUAGGGCUGGAUGUGGUCGAUAUCCAGAAGAACGCCGUGGCUAGACUGUCGGAUUCGUCGUUCGUCUGUAUCGGCAGCACUCGUACCGCGCCGCAGGCACUUUACCGGAUCGACUUGAGUAAGGAGGAGGACAACAACGAUGCCAACGCGGCUACUAAUACUAGUACUGGCAAUGCCAACAAGCACGAGGAGGACAACAGCAAUGUUAAGAACAACGAUGCCAACACCGCUACCAAUACUAGUACUAUCAAUGGCAACAAGCACGAGGACGACAGCAACGUUAGGCACACCCCAACAAUCACCCUCCUUCGCCCUACAGUCUCUCUAUCCAUCCCAACCACCCAGCUCAGCGUCGCCCAACACAUCAGCUUCCCACGCACCUAUGGCACGCAGAAGCAGGGCCUCUCGCACGCCAUCUACGUCGCCCCCAAGAACCCGGCGUUCCAGGCCCCGGCCAACACCAAGCCGCCGUUACUGGUGUGGAUGCACGGCGGGCCGACGUCGCACGUGACGCCCGGCCUGUCGCUCACCACGCAGUACUGGUCGUCGCGCGGCUACGCCUACGUGCAGGUGAACCACGCCGGGUCGACCGGCUACGGCCGCGCGUACCGAGAGCUGCUGGACGGCGCGUGGGGGGUGGCCGAUGUCGCGGACGCGGCUAGUUGUGUCGCGUACCUUGUGGCAAAGGGUCUGGUCGACGCCACCAAGGUCGGCAUCGUCGGCGAGAGCGCCGGCGGCUAUGCCGUGCUGCAGGCCGCAUGGAUGUAUGCGGAUCUCUGGGCCGGCGGGGUCAGUCUGUAUGGCAUUAGUGAUUUGUUGGGCUUUGCUGAGAUCACGCAUAAGUUUGAGAGUCAUUAUGUGUUGGGGUUGGUGUUUGGCAGUGGGGGCGAGAGCAAUGCGAGCGAAGUGAGCAUUGCGAGUGAAACGAGUGAGACUAGCCAAACUACUGCCAGUGAGACGAGCAUUGCGAGUGCAACGAGUGAGACAAGCGAGACGAGCACAGAGAUGAAGACUAGCAACGAGAGCGAAGCGAGGACAGAGAGUAGGAUGAGCGAUGGGAUUAAGACAAACAACGAGAGGGAGACAAGUGAGACUAGCCAAAUGAGUACUGCGAGUGAGACGAGCAGCGAGAGCGAGACGAACACAGAAAGUAAGACGAGUGACGAGAGAGAGAUGAGCACAGAGAGUAAGACGAGGAAUGAGAGCAACGAGAGCAACGAGAGCGAAACUAUCAAGGAGAGCAAGGGACUCAGCAAAGCGGACAAUGAGCAGGAGCAGGGUCAAGGCGUUCUCACGAAUGGCCUAAACCCGACCAAGCUAGAGGAGAAGCAUCAGCAGGGGCAGAGUAUCAAAGGACAAGUGCAAGGACAAGAGCAAGGACAGAGUAUCAAAGGGCAGGGGAUCAAAGGACAAGGGCAGAAGCAAAGGCAAGGACAGAGGAUCCAAGGACUCACCAAAGCGCAACAAGACGCCAUCUAUCAUAGUCGCAGUGCAGCCUACCACGCGGACCGGAUCCAGGCGCCCCUCCUCCUACUCCAGGGCGCGGCCGACACGGUCGUGCCGCCGGUGCAGGCGUGGACGAUGGAGCGGGUGUUGAAAGAGCUGGGCAAGGAGGUCGAGACGGUCGUGUACGAUGGCGAAGGCCAUGGCUGGCAUAAGGAGGAGACGAUUCGAGCGUCAUUGCUGGCUCAGAAGGCGUUUUGGGAGAGGACAUUGUUGAGGGGGAAGAAGACGUUCUAG